AUGUCUUGGACCAAACGAUCACAAGAGAUAUUGUACAGAGACUUCACUGAGAAGGCUGCAAGUGAAUCUCAAAGCAUAAUUGAAAGGCCUUGGAGCCUGGAAGUCUGGGACAUAUCAGAAGAUGGGCAACUACGCGAGUAUGUCCAGACCACUGUACGCCGUCUCAAUGGCAGGCCGCAGCUCAGAAUCGUUUUUAUACCCUCAGAUGUACCACGACGAGAAACAAAAGGCUUGAUGGUGGAACUCUUUCACAAAUUCGGUAUACCGCAUGACUUUACCGUGGAGAGGGUGCGGUCUAUAAACCAUAGCUUCAGUCGGAGAAGUGACGAAAACAACGGGUUUAGUUCCUGGUUCCGAUUUUCGUACAUAUCAGCUGCAUCUGCCGGAGCUGAUGACGAGUCGCCGGAUGGGGAAGAUGAUUCGACUGAGAACUCUACGAUACCUGAUAAAUACUCAGAGAGGGAAUCUUCCUUCUUUCUUCAGGCUUCAGCCAACACCAGUGUAACACUAGUGUGUUUUGAUGCAGGGCCGAGGGUGAAAAGAAGGAUGUAUGAUGUGAUGAAGAGCCGGGGAUGGAGUGAUGUCGCUACCAAUCCCCAGAUAUUGUUCGAUGUUGCCCUGGAAGGGCUGCACGAAGAAGUUGAUGAUACGGCACGGAAAAUGGAGGAGGAAUUUGAGCCGUUAGAAAAGUCCAUCAUUCAGCUCGCAGGCUCUGACGAUAUGAUCUCAAAUCCAAGAACACGGCAUGAAGAACUAUACUUGUUUGCGAGACAUGCAACAGACCUAUCAAGAGUACUUGAGUCUGCACUAAUGAUCAAUGAGGGUAUUCUUAUGAACGCCAGCGUCAGCAUCCCUCCAACAACCUCUAUGGACAACCCACCAUCUCCUUCAAACAACAUGAGCAGUAAUCGGCGGUCACUUGUCGACUUACAGCUAAAGGAGUGCCUCGAAUAUCGUCGCACACUCUUUCGCUCAACCCAGCUACGGCUCUCCCACCUUCAGAAACGAAUCGAAGCCGCUUCUGCUCUGGCAUCAAACUUGGUAUCGCAACAACAGUCCGCAGCAGCCAUACAGGGUCCGGUUUCGAUGAAGCUCAUCGCGGCUUCAAUUUUAAUAUUCUUGCCCACGAUUACCGUUGCAACUAUCGCGGGAUCGGGGUUACUGCUAUCGGAACAAUUAGACGAAGAAGGCUCAUGGGACGUCAGCGCAACACCAUUAUUCUAUCUGUUAUGGUACAUUUCAGUACCGUUGACCCUCGUGUUGGUGAUGAUAUGGAGGAGAUACACGAAAGAGAAGAAGAGGCACGAUGAAGAGUCGAGUAUGCCGGUUUGA